AUGGCCUCAGUCUUUCAGUUUGCGCCCAAGCCAGCCAGCCUCCUUGGUUACCACCGAGUUUUGUCGCCCAGUGCCGGCAUCAAGGUCUCCCCGUUGUGCCUCGGGGCUAUGAACUUUGGUACAGCUUGGAAAGAUUUCAUGGGCGAAUGUGAUAAAGAGCAAUCAUUCAAGCUCCUCGAUGCAUUCUACGACCUCGGGGGCAAUUUCAUUGACACAGCAAACAACUAUCAGGAUGAGGAGUCUGAAAUCUGGCUGGGAGAAUGGAUGCAAGCCCGCAAGAAUCGGGACCAACUUGUCAUCGCCACCAAAUACACAACCGGGUUUCGAUCAGCCCACCGUGCCACAGAGCCUCUCCAGUCAAACUACGUGGGCAAUUCUGUCAAGAGUAUGCGCAUCUCUGUGGAGCAAAGCCUCAAAAAGCUCCAAACAGACUAUAUUGAUCUGCUGUAUGUCCACUGGUGGGACUUUACCACCUCUGUCGAAGAAGUUAUGCAGGGCCUCAACGCGCUGGUAAACGCUGGAAAGGUCCUCUACCUCGGAAUCUCAGACACGCCCGCGUGGGUCGUCGUCAAAGCAAAUGAGUAUGCGCGGGCGAAUGGUCUGCGCCCAUUCUCCGUCUAUCAGGGUAAAUGGAAUGCUGGGUUUCGGGACCUGGAGCGCGAGAUCAUACCAAUGUGUCGCAACCAGAACAUGGCGAUCGCUCCUUGGGCCCCUCUGGGCCAGGGGAAAUUCAAGUCGGCCAAGGCACGGCAGGAAGGAGAGCAAGGCUCUGCGAGAGCCUCGGCUGUCAACGAACACGACAUCAAAGUCUCUGAGGCGCUGGAGAAGAUUGCGAACCAAAAGAAAACAAACCUUCAUGCUAUUGCACUUGCCUAUGUUCUGCACAAGGCACCAUAUGUCUUCCCAAUCAUUGGCCAACGCAAGGUUGAGCAUCUCAAAGCCAAUGUCGAAGCAUUAAGUAUCAGUCUGUCAGAAAAUGACCUCGCCGAGAUCGAUAAUGCGGCCCCUUUUGACGUCGGAUUCCCCAUGACCUUUAUUUUCCGUGAUGGCUACAGCUCGACAAAGACUGCAGCAGACGUCUUCCUCACGAAAACAGCAGCCCAUAUCGACGUCCCUCCCCAUCUUUCCCCUGUCCACCCACGCUCGGACAUCUGA